AUGCACAAUCCGGAGAUCGUCGAGGAGCUCCUGGCCGAGGCGGCCACUCGUGCGCGCCUGGAUGAGCCGGCGGACGCUAACGCGCGUGCACACCUAGAUGACGAGGCCGCCCGUGCGUGCCGUACCGCGGAAGCUGCUCGCGCAGAGACCACCGCGCUCGCCCUCGCCAAUGCCCAGGCCGUCUCCGCCGCUCUGCAUGCGCAGGCCGUCGCUGUCCAGAACUUUCGCGCCUUGGUGCCGAUUGUUCUUAAUCGGGCGUCCACCCAGUACAGCAAGUGGCAGGGGCUUUUCCUCACGACGUUGGGCAAGUAUGCCCUUGAUGAUCACAUUCUUCAUACCGGCGACCCUCCUGCCGAUCCUGGUUGGGCACACAUGGAUUGCACCGUGCGCUCCUGGAUGUAUGCCACCAUCAGCACCGAUCUUCUCGACGACGUCAUGACGCCCGGCACCACCGCGCGACGUGUUUGGCUCGCCAUCGAGGAUCAAUUCCUCGGCAACAAGGAGACACGGGCUCUCAUCCUCGAUGAUGAGUUCCGCAAUUUCGUCCAGGGCGAUCUCUCCAUUGCAGAAUACUGCCGGAAGUUGAAAUCUAUGGCCGAUGCUCUUGGCGAUCUGGGCGAGCCGGUCCAAGAUCGGACCCUCGUCCUUUCCGUCCUACGCGGCCUCAACGAAAAAUUCGGCUACAUGGCUGCUCUACUCAAGCGCCAGAAGCCGUUCCCCUCCUUCAUCGAGGUCCGCAACGACCUCCUUCUGGAGGAGAUCACCAUGACUUCAAAGCCGGGCUCCACGUCUACUGCCCUUCUUGCCGCCACAGAUCGAGCUUCAUCUCCGGCGGUUCCUUCCUCCAGAAACACCGGUACUGCCACUUCUUCCGGCAAUGGCGGCAAUGGUGGCUCUCGGCGCAAUUGUCGUCGGCGUCGCAACGACAGCACCUCCAACGGACCUUCUUCGGGCUGGCCAUCCUUCUACAACCCAUGGACCGGGACCAUUCAAAUGUGGCCCGACCCAUCGCAGUCUCGUCCGCCUGUCCCGGGUCCGCGGCCUAACAUGCCCCAGCACCCGCGCAGCCUUUCCCAGCAGCAUGCCCUCCUGGCGGGUCCUGCUGGCGCGUUCAGCCUGCCUGCCACACCGGCCCAACCAGGCAUGCCAGCCCAGCCCCUCUGGCUCCCACCUCCCGCUUUGCACCAGUAUGCACCACAGCCCGCUCUGCAGUCUCCUGUGCCGCAUGCAGAAGCAGGACUGCCGGGUUUGACACCGCCCGUCUUCGGCCAGUGGGACCAGACCGCUCUCGCCAACAACUUCAACACGAUGACAUUGACGCCUCCACCUACGACAAACUGGUACAUGGACUCAGGGGCAUCUUCACACAUGACAUCGAACUCCGGACCUUCAAACCAGGAACGUGAUCAUCAGGUGCAAUAG